CAGCUGAUAGCCAGUGGCAGCUGAGCGGCAAAGCCACACUACACCAGCCUCCAUUUCUUUCUCAUAGAUUCACACUGUUAAUCCAACCAGUCCUGCUGUGGGAGAGGAGCCGGACACCCUCCUACAUCAAUACCACACUAACGUUGCCGACAAAACCGUGACAAGAUGGCCACCGCGCCAGUGGACCCAGUAACAGAGCCACGUUUGUACCAGCAGUCGCUUCUUCUGGGUGGCCUGUGCGAACUUCUUGAGAAUGACAAGUUUGUGGACUGUAUCCUGAAGAUUAAGGACCAGGAUUUCCCUUGCCACAAGCUGGUGCUGGCAGCCAGCAGCCCGUACUUUAAGGCCAUGUUCCUCUCGGACUUGGAGGAGAGCAAAAAACGAGAAGUAGUCCUGAAAGAUGUGGAGCCAGACAUUAUGGGAAUGAUUCUGAGGUACAUCUAUACCUGUGACAUCAAUCUUACUGAGCAGAACGUCCAGGACGUCUUCAUGGCGGCCAACAUUUAUCAGAUCCCCUCCAUCUUUAGUGUUUGUGUAUCCUAUCUGGAGCAUAAAAUGGUCUUGAGCAAUUGUUUAGCCAUCUUCAGGCUUGGGCUACUGCUGGAGUGCCCGAGACUGGCAGCAAAGGCUCGGGACUACAUUUGUGACCGCUUUGAGCUCAUCAUCCGGGACAAGGACUUCCACCAGCUUGGAUCUGGAGAACUGGCUGCCAUUAUCACAUGUGAUUCCCUCAGUGUGGAAAAGGAAGAAACAGUGUUUGAAGCUCUGAUGGAAUGGGUCAAGUAUGAUCAGAUUGAACGGCUGAGGGAUCUGCCAGAACUGCUGCACUGCGUACGCUUUCGUUUGAUGCCACCUGAUUAUUUUAAGGAGAAAGUGGAGGGGCACCCGUUCAUCAAAUCCAACCAGGAGAUCAAGAAAGAUCUGCAACUUGUCAAGGAUGCACAAAAGGGACGCCUUUCCAAAGUGAGUGGUUCAUCAGCCAAGAAGGCAGGAGCCUCAGUUAGUGAUGAAGAUGAGGAUGAAAGUGAGGAGGGUCUACUUCCUGGGAUCCUAAAUAACAACCUGCGCUUCGGAAUGUUUCUUAAGGACUUCAUAUUAAUGAUUAGCAACACGGGGACGGUCGCCUACGAGCCUGUUGAAAAUGAAUGCUACUUAGUCUCUUCAUCUACUGGGAUUCCAAAAAAUCACUGCAGCUUGGUGACCAAAGAAAAUCAGAUUUUUGUGGUUGGAGGGCUCAUAUAUAAUGAGCAGAACACAGACGAACCAUUCAGCUCUUACUUCCUACAGUUUGACCCCAUGAGCUCUGAAUGGCUCGGGAUGCCCUCACUGCCAACUCCACGCUGCCUCUUCGGGAUCACCGAUGCCAAGAAUUCCCUUUUUGUCAUAGGUGGAAAAGAAUUGAAAGAAGGAGAACAUGCUUUGGACACUGUCAUGAUCUAUGACAGGCAAUCUUUCAAAUGGGGCGAAUCAGACCCGAUUCCGUAUUCAGUCUAUGGCCACGGGACUGUCUCACAUAAUGGGCUCAUUUACAUCAUCGGUGGAAAAUCCGAGAGCAAGAAGUGCCUGAAAAGAAUGUGUGUCUACAACCCCUCGAAGUUCGAGUGGAAGGAUCUGGCGCCGAUGAAAACCGCUCGCUCUCUGUUUGGGGUCGCGGUCCACAAGAACAAAAUCUACGUGGUGACGGGAGUCACUGAUGACGGCCUGACCAGCAAAGUCGAGGUUUAUGACAUCGCUAAAAACAUGUGGUCUGAGUCUGAGGAGUUCCCCCAGGAGAGAAGCUCUCUAAACCUGAUCUCACUGUCUGGAUGUUUGUAUGCUGUGGGAGGCUUCGCCAUGAUGCCCAACGACACCACAGAGAAACUGGAACCCACCGAGAUGAACGAUAUCUGGAGGUACGACGAGGAGGAAAACUGCUGGUCUGGGAUGCUGCGUGAGAUCCGCUACGCUGCAGGAGCCACAGUUUUAGGAGUUCGCCUCAACGCUUUACGCCUCACCAAGAUGUAAUCGACAAACCCACGACACGUAUCGCACAUGAAGUUUAGCGUGUGACAAGCACUGGAACUUUUAGCUGUUUCCACAAUCAAGUUUUCGUGCAUUAGAAAAUUAAGAAGAAAAAAAAGAAGAAGGAAGACGUACGAGUGUAAAAACUGGACAGCAGGUGGAGACAAAGAACGGACCAUUUUUCAUUCGAGAUUUGAACUGUGAAUGUGUCUGCGGAAAAGGUGUGAUGUGAUUUCUACAUAUUUGAAUUAAAGACAUCUUUAUUAGAAAAGUA